GUUGACGUAAACUUUGUCACCAUUUGGCAUAUUCAGCGAAGGUCGAAAUGAAUUGCUAGCACCAAACUGUUUUGAACAAAAAAACCGCGCGCGGUGAAACCGGUACGUCACAAUCGUCUCUUAGCAACGGCCAAAGAGAAAGCCAGUUUUCGGCAUUGUUCAUCACAAUGCCGAAAAGAAAUUCCUUUUCUUAGAUGAAAAAUCGGUAAGUAAUUAUUAAAUACAAACCGAUUAAUGCGCCGAUUGAAGUCUAAGCGUCGCUCAAUUUUCGACAAUUGUUCGAUGAAGUGUAGCUCUUUAGAGUUUGAUAAACUGAAGCGAUUGGGUCAAAUCGAACCAUUACCAUAGCAGAUAAUUUCAUAAACAGGACUGAUUUUGGCGCUUUAUUUUGUGGUUGAAACGAAAUAACCACCCGCCAUUUACGCUGAUUUAUUUAUUAAUUCCAAAACAGGUGUACGGUAAAUAAUUUAGGUUAUUAACUCUCGUUUGAACUUUUCCACGGCAUUCAUUCGUUCGCGCGGCAAAAACAUACCACGCGUGACAAACAAACAUACACAACAAUCAAUCACACUGCGACCCUUUUUUUGACUUACGCUCAUUAAUAACCGAGUGGUCUGAAACGCGCAAUUCUUUUUUAUCCAAUUCUAAGCUGACUGCGAUUCUUUCAGGCGUCAAGAUGGAAACUUCGGCCAGAAGACGAACCAAGGAUGAUUCGCCGGCCAAGGAAAGCACUGGAUCCGAAACGUGUCUCGAUGGAGCAAGAAUGCCGACAGAAAAUCCUCCUUUUAAGCUGAAAGAUUUAAAGGAUGCUGUACCGCCACAUUGCUUCGAGCGAUCUCUCCUUACUUCGAGUUUAUAUUUACUCCUCGAUUUGACCGGCGUUUUCGUGCUGUAUGCGGCAGCGUUCUGGGUGUUUAACGCAUCUUUGCCGGUUUACGUUCACGCCGUAUUCUGGCCGCUUUAUUGGCUUUGCCAGGGUUGCGUUGGAUUCAGCGUGUGGAUUAUUGCGCACGAAUGCGGUCACUACUCGUUCUGUAACAGCAAGCGAAUUUGUGAUAUCGUCGGGCUAAUUCUACACACUGCACUUUUUGUCCCGUAUCAUUCAUGGCGUAUAUCGCACGCAAAGCAUCACCGGAAUACCAAUCGAAUGGACGGCGACCAAGCAUUCGUCCCUAACACAAGAAGCUUUCUUAAGUCGGAGAACGAAUUAGAAUUUCCAAAUAUCUUCUUCAGGGUUCUUCACAUUGUUAAGUACCUAACAAUUGGUUGGCCGGCAUAUUUGUUUUUUCAUGCUCGUGGCAGACCUUAUAAGGAAUAUCGGCUGCGACCGAAUCAUUUCAACCCUUACGCUCCCAUUUUCUCUCCUGGUGAUUUCUGGGAUGUGAUCGUGAGCGAUGUGGCCUUGCUUGUGUGGAUUGGUAUCCUGUUCUAUCUCAGCGCCCAUGUCUACUCAUUCGGGUGGUUGGUGUGUCUGUACGUGGUACCCCUUAUGAAUGUUAACAUGUGGUUGGUGAUAGUCACCUACCUGCAGCACUCCGAUGUCAAAGUACCGCACUACGCCGACGAGGAAUGGACUUGGCUUAAGGGCGCGCUGUGCACAAUCGACCGAGAUUAUGGAAUCCUGAACUAUGUGUUCCACCACCUCACGGACUGCCAUGUAGCUCACCACCUGUUCUCUUACAUGCCUCACUAUCAUAUGGCGGAGGCCACCGAAGCCAUUAAGCCGAUACUUGGACGGUAUUAUGCCUAUGAUGGCACCCCCUUUUGGAAAGCAUUGUGGAAUACUGACAGCUACUGUCGAUUUGUCGAAGACGGCGGCAAAAUUUUGUGGUAUAAAUUCUUGCCUGAGCAUUGAUAUAAACACUGAAACUGCCAAAGUUUAAUUGUACACUAUGAAAUGCUGAUAGUUACAAUAGAUUUUUUUUAGCAGAGCGGGGAAAUGUCUACUAAGUUCUUGUUAAAACAGCGAUGAAACACUUAAAUUACGAUUCGAUUCUAAAAACUUUUUUUUACCCAAAGUUGAAAUGUCAAGAUUGGAAAGUUUUUAUCAUUGGUAUUGAUUAGCCAUCAAGUUUGCGAUUUUUUUUUGCUCUCUGAUGGCAAAAUAAAUCUGUCAUUAAGUAUUUGGUGCGAUCUUACGCUAUGGAGGUAAAAUUUCGAAAAUUAAGCAGUUCUGUAAAAUGAUUAUUAAUUUAUGACAGCGAACAAGACGACAUUGUCAGCGCUUGUCUUCCUUUAUUCAUUACAAAUGUAAACAAUAAAAUUCAGGUCUUUUCCCCA